UCCGUCCUUCACCAACAUUCCUACUGACACGCUCACCUUUGUUCUCUUUUACUCUCGCCUCUCUCCGUGAUCUAAGCUUGCUUUGCUUCUCUUACCCUCUUGCCGUAUCUUGUUGCGUGCCUUUAACCAGUCUGACUUCUCUUUUGCGUCUGCCUCCCACCACGUCUGCCUCCCACCACGUCUGCCUCCCACUACGUCUGCCUCCCACUACGUCUGCCUGCCUCGCUUCGCCCCUCUCCACGCCUUCGCUGUCCUCCGGUCUCGCUCCGCUUCAUCGCCCUUUACCGCCGUUACACACGCUUCCCUUCAACGGUGCGCCACUAGAACUAUAGGCCCAGCUAUUCCUAUACAUCCCUAUACAUGGACUGGGAUGAGCGGGCAGAGCUUGCACAUGAGGCGCUGGCUCUCAGAUGGUUCAGCAAGUUUCGUGAGCAAAAGUUCCGUAUAGCCGAUUGGGUCUCUUCUUACCGAGAUGGCCAAUCGAGCACAAUUAUCAGCGACUACUGUGGCUCCUUUAAUUGGAGCUGCCGUCUGCGUUUUGAGGACAAUGUGGAAUGGUUAAUUCGGUUUCCUGUUCCUGGAAGAGUUAUGGACUGCGAUGAGAAGUUACGUCGAGAGGUCGCCGUAAUGUGCUUGGUCAGGGAAAAAACUAAAAUUCCGGUGCCUAAGGUUCAUGCCUGGGGUCUGUCAAACAAUUUAGGAUUGGGCCCUUUUAUCAUAAUGGAUUACAUCCGUGAUGGAGAGUCACUUGGUAAUCUUUGGCGGGAAGCGCCUGAGAAACGAACACUACGAACCGACAUUAGUGAACGCGACCUGCGUAUUGUGUUUCGCCAAAUAGCGGAGUUUUACCUCGAACUUUCAGCAUUAGAGUUUCCUAAUAUCGGGUCUCUAUCAAUCCGGGACGACCAGAGUAUUCACGCGGAUCUGAGCCCAAUAACUCUAAAGAUGCAAGAAAUAGAGGCACAUUCGGGAGUAAAAGUUAGAGGUCACCGCUUGGUACCGUUUUCCUCUGCGAGGGAAUACUUUUACAACGUUGCUGAGCAAGACAUGGAGCAACUGCACGAGCAACCUAACUCAAUUGACAACGAGGAUGACGCUCGAGCCAAAUACAACUUCCGUCACCAAUUUAACGCCGUCCUUCCACGUUUCGUCGCUGACGACAAGUACAAUCAGACCAGCUUCAGACUAAUAUGCGAUGAUUUCCGCUACGGGAAUAUGAUUGUCAACAACGCGAGCGAUCUCAAGAUAAUUGCAGUAAUAGACUGGGAGUGGGCAUACACCGCGCCGUACCAAAUGUUUAGCUCAGCGCCGCGAUGGCUUCUAAUUACGAAACCAAUCCUCUGGGAAGUGCCUAAUGGCUCACAAUUUCAGCGAUACAUGGCUUGCCUAGAGCUUUUUCUCAGCGAGCUGGAACUCGAAGAGAGCAGAAGAACUCAGGACCAUAGGCUUUCCAACCUCAUGCGGAAGUCUCUAAGCGACGGCAGAUUCUGGUUUCACGAACUGGUAUAUGGCUGUUUCACGGCUGCUGACAACCCAGCAUGGAAAGCCAUUUGUGAGAUGCUCCCUGAUAUCAGUAAUCUGGCAUCUCCCCCCCAGCCCGAGCUUGAUGCCUUCGUGGAAAAGAAAAGGAAGCAGCUAGAGGUGUAUACGGCAGAACGGAACGCAAUCAAGAAAGACAGAGUUUUAGCUAGAGUGGAAUAGAGUGAAGCAGGACGGCGUUUUCUGGAGUGCUGAAGUCUAACGGCGCAAAUUGCUAUAGGAUCAGAUGGAGAAAUUCGAAGUCAUAUCGUAGGGCAGGGGCACCUUGCCGCUGCUGCAAUACAAACGUGA